CCGGCCUUCCACUCCUACUCUGCAGCGCCCUCUGGGCCUGUGUUCCCCCCAUCUCCCCCAUACAGCGUCUCCUGGCCUUGUAUCUCCCUCCCCUGCAGCGCCCCCCAAGCCCUGUGUCUUCCUUGUCCCGGCAGUGCACCCGUCCCGGUGGUGUUUCUUCCCCCCUCAGCAGCAUGACCCCCAUAGCCAUGGGUGUCCCCCUCUCAGCAGUGUGCCCUCCCAGCCAUCCCCCCUCAGGCCACGGUAUCCCUCCAGCUGUGCAGGCCCCCUGCCAUCUCCCCCAUUUUGAUGCAGCCUCAGGAAAUUGGUUAAAUGUCAUUGGCAGUGAAGGGAGAAUUCGGGGACCAGUCUGCUACCCACCCCUGUUCCGUCUCCUUAAUCAUAUUCCAGCAGAUACUCCCUCCCUCAUGGCUCACUCCUGUGCUAGCCCCGUAUCCAUCCCACAGGAUCCGCCUCACCCUGGUGCCACCUCUAUAUCCCAGCCUGCCCUGCCCUACCCCUAGCUCAUCCCAGCGCCUCCCCUUCUCCUGUUGUGCCCUCCCUCCUCCACCUGGCUUGCCCUGGUGCCAUCUCCAUAUCUCAGACCAUCCGCCUGACUCACCCUUCAGCUGUGUCUUUCUCUUGUCCCACUGGACACUCCCACCCAGCCCUGUGUCAUUGCUGUAUGUCGACCCAUUGGACACCCCUCCCUGUAGCCCACCCCUGGGGUACUCCCAUACUGACUCACCCUGGUGCUUUGCCCCUCAUCCUGUCAGCAACACUAGCACCAAUGGAGUAGCCCCAACAACAAGAUCCGAAUUAUGUGGGAGACCUCGCAUCUUAGCAUAUCAUGCCACGGCGUGAAAUGCAAAAUGCAGGAAGACUGGCCAAAUUGUGUCUGUAAACAGUAGAAGGGAUCCAGGCAGACAAAGUGCUAGGCAGGCCUGAAGAAGAACAUCUGCAGUCAAUUUUGGGCACCUUAACUCUGUAGAAAUUGGGAUGAGAUGCUCUGAGAAAGGCCAUAAAAAUGAGCGGGGCUGUGGGGAAGACCUGCCUGCUGAUCAGUUACACCACUAAUGCCUUCCCUGGAGAGUAUAUCCCCACUGUGUUUGAUAAUUACUCUGCCAACGUCAUGGUGGAUGGGAAGCCAGUGAACCUGGGUCUCUGGGAUACAGCAGGGCAAGAGGAUUAUGACCGACUGCGGCCCCUCUCCUACCCUCAGACAGAUGUCUUCUUGAUCUGCUUCUCCCUGGUCAGUCCGGCCUCAUUUGAGAAUGUCCGAGCCAAGUGGUACCCGGAGGUCCGGCACCACUGCCCUAAUACUCCCAUUAUCCUGGUGGGCACCAAGCUGGACUUGAGGGAUGACAAGGACACCAUUGAAAGGCUGCGUGAUAAGAAACUUGCCCCCAUCACCUAUCCCCAGGGCCUGGCCAUGGCACGGGAGAUUGGGUCAGUGAAGUAUCUUGAGUGCUCAGCCCUGACACAGCGGGGCUUGAAGACAGUGUUUGACGAAGCUAUCCGUGCUGUCUUGUGCCCCCCACCUGUGAAGAAGCCUGGGAAGAAGUGCACUGUGUUCUAAGGAUGUUGGCAAGGUGCUGACUCAGCAUGUCCUUGUCCUCCUCCUCCAACAGAUUGAGUGUUUGCUGGAGGGGGCUGUGAUGUGUGGCCCUUCAUCAUGUACGAAAUCAGUGUUUUUUAAAUGUC